UUGCAUCUGCACAAUGAAGAGCUGCUGAAGCCAUUAGAAGAACGAGCUUCUUGGGUAAAGGAAUCACAUGGUGAAUUUACGGUGGAACCAGUCAGACAGUUUGGCUUUCAUACCACCACUUGCUGCGGUUAUAUUCCGAUGAACAACUCAUGGUCAUCUUCUUGGGAGGAUUUUUAUACGCGUCAGAGACUAAAGCCGCAAGUGGAAAUGGUGCUGGCGAAAACUGGUGACAAAGAACUGGAAUAUCUGUGGCCUCAGUUGGAGAAAAAAAUUUCUUCGUUUUUUACUGACUGUCAGGACAUUAAGCCGGCAUUGUUACACGGUGAUCUGUGGGGUGGAAACGUCGCAGAGACGAAAGACGGACCAGUCAUCUUCGAUCCGGCAUCGUUUUACGGUCACUCUGAGUUUGAGUUCGGAAUACUGACGCUGUUUGGCGGAUUUAGUCGACCGUUUUUUGAAGCAUAUCGAAAACUUAUACCGAAAAGCAAAGGCUUUGAUUCGAGGUUGCCUCUAUACCAACUGUUUCAUUAUCUGAAUCACUGGAAUCACUUUGGAGCCGGUUACCGCGGUUCGUCACUGUCGAUUUUGAGGUCUUUGGUCAAAUGA